AUGUCGAUAGAAGAAUUUCGAAAAGUGAAAGUUUCCAUUUACUAUAAUGGAUCCAAAAACCCAAUUGUCACUCAAGAACUUCAAAUGUUCAAUUGCUCCUCCUAUAAUUUCUGCAUCUCGUGCUUAUCGUCAUCAUGGAAUUGUCAAUGGUGUGAGAUGGGAAAUAUGUGCCUCGCACUUCAUGAAAAGUGCCAAGGUGUUGCAAAAUCUUUCUGUCCACAGAUAGAUCCUACAAUACGAAAUAAAGUAAUCGUAGCAGUGGAUAGUGACCAGAUGGUAACUAUGCAAAUGUUACACAUCAGUGAUCAAGAGCAACCACAUUUAACCUGUCGUUUCCUCUACCAAGGCAAUGCAAUAGUGCGGAAUGUUUCUCUUAAAAAGUCCAGGCUUUCCUGUGAUCCAUGGAAUUAUACAAUGAACAGAAAUGCUUCACAAAUGAGUCUACAGUUGGAAGUGCUAAAAAAUGAAAUCGUUAUUGACAAGUCAUCAGUGACGAUAUAUGACUGUAACCGUAUGGCUACAGACUGUUCAACAUGUUUUUCUUUGGAUCCAAGCUGGAAAUGUGUCUGGUGCGAUGGCGCCUGUCAAUUUAGCGUCCAUUGUGAACAAUUAGCCAUUAUACAGUCUGCAGAUGUGAUUUGUGGACAACCAAUUAUCGACACUUUUGAGCCGCAAUCGGGACCAGUCGAAGGUGGUACCAGGAUCGAGAUUCGUGGUCGAGAUUUAGGGUCGUCAUUGAGCGAAAUCAAGGGUCGUGUCUUUGUUGGAGCUUCCAGAUGUGAAGUUAUCGAAUUUGAAAUAGCUUCUAGAAUUUUAUGUGAAGUAAAUUCUGGAAUUGAUUCCGGUUCCAUUCAUUUGCGUCUUGGGCAAACUGGUCGACGCUUUGCUGAUUCCAUUAUGCUCUACCAAUUCGUGGAUCCACAACCGCUGUCACUAUAUCCAUCAUUUGGACCACUGUCGGGUGGUACCAAAUUGACUAUUUAUGGCAGCAACCUAGACACUGGAAGCAAUACUUCAAUUCUCAUAGGGACUUAUCCUUGUAAAGUACUGCAAAAAAAUUUAUUACCAUCGUCAAUAACAUGCUUAACAAGCCAAAGUGAUAAGGCAGGAGUUUAUCGAACAAUCCAGGUUACUAUCGAUCGAAGCAUCAAAAUUCUUCAUGGAAUAUUUGAAUACCGGAAUGACCCAGUCAUCGAAAGAAUCCAUCCCGAAGAAACAUUCCAAAGUGGUGGAAGAAUGAUUGAAGUUUUGGGUGAAAAUCUGAAUUCGGUACUAAAUGCCAAAAUGUUUGUUGAAAACACGAAUUCGGGAGAAAGAGCCGUAUCCGAAAUGAGUGAUUGCCAUGUGCAUAAUUCAACGCUGAUGCGAUGCAUCAGUCCACGGGUAUUCCUACCGCACAGUAUGUCAACACGUUGGCCAGUGGCAUUUGCAAUGGAUGGUGUACAGUCUGUUCGAGAUUUUGGUGGGCGAAUACAGUUAUUUGUUGUAUCCGAUCCCUACUUUGUUCUAUUCAAAAGUGUUCGCAUCCACAAACCAAAGCAAUUACUACGGUUGGAAGGGAAUCAAUUGUCUUUUGCAGCUACCGCUGAAGAAUAUCAGAUUUUCAUUGGUACAUCGCAAUGUAUAGUUAUCUUACUCGAAGCAGAUCAGUUGUUUUGUCGAGCUUCACAAAUUGAACCCAAAGCCACGGAUGAAAAAGGAAAUGUCCUUGAUGGGAAUCAUCCAUUAGUUGUUGUUAUUUUGGGUAACAUCCGAUACGAACUUGGUUUUGUGGAAUAUGAGGCUUCAUUUCGGUAA